AAGUGGCUGUAUGACAUGUUGUUAGUUGCUAAUGGCUCCCGAAAGAUAAAGCAGCCCUCUGAAGAUGGCCGGGAUGUUUGAGGUAGAGGUGGAUGGUGUGGAGCACGACCACGGACUAGAGCAUCAUAAUGAACCGAUCCAGGUCGCGCUAAUAUUUCCCCCCUGCAUUUAUCAAGUGGCCACAAAGAUAAUUUUGUCUCUUGUCUACAGUUUGAUGCGUCUAAGCUCUCACCGGAGGAGAAGUGGAGGGUGGAGCAUGCCAAGAUGCAUGCCAAACACAAAGGCCACGAGGCCAUGCACGCCGAGAUGGUCCUGAUCCUCAUCGUCACACUUGUCAUCGCCCAGCUCGUCCUCGUGCAGUGGAAGCAGCGGCACCCAAAGUCUUACAACCUGGUGACUCUGUUCCAGAUGUGGGUAGUUCCUCUCUACUUUACUACCAAACUUCACUGGUGGAGGUUCCUGACCACCUGGUUUAUCUUCUCUGUCAUCACAGCAUAUAUUAGCUACCGUGCCACUCGCAAGCCUCUGGCCUGCACCACACCGAGGUUGGUGUACAAGUGGUUCCUGCUCCUCUACAAGAUCAGCUAUGGCACUGGAAUAGUUGGCUACACUGUUGUUAUGUUUACGCUUUUUGGCAUCAAUCUUAUUUUCAGGAUAAAGCCCGAAGAUGCGAUGGACUUUGGCGUGUCCCUGCUUUUUUACGGACUGUAUUAUGGUGUGCUCGGAAGAGACUUCGCCGAGAUGUGUGCCGACUUCAUGGCGUCGACUGUCGGGUAUUACAGCGCAUCCGGAAUGCCGACGAAGCAUUUGUCUGAUAAUAUCUGCGCCGUAUGUGGACAAGCCAUCCUCGUUGAUGUCAGUGAGGAGGGCAUCAUUGAGAACACGUACAGAUUAUCCUGCAACCAUGUGUUCCAUGAGUUCUGCAUAAGAGGUUGGUGCAUCGUGGGAAAGAAGCAGAUGUGCCCGUAUUGUAAAGAGAAGGUGGAUCUCAAGAGGAUGUUCAGCAACCCCUGGGAAAGGCCACAUGUCAUGUAUGGCCAACUUUUAGACUGGCUUCGCUACUUGGUGGCCUGGCAGCCUGUUAUUAUCGGCUUUGUGCAAGCCAUCAACUACGUCCUCGGUCUGGAGUGACCCGCAAGUGUGGGGAAAUGGACAAACGGAGAAGAAAACGCUCCGAUUCUAAUGACUGGGAGCCUAGCAAUGAACUGAAACAUCUGUUUUAAAAAGUAUCUGUACUUUUUGUAUAUAUUUUUAGGCGCACAUCACCAGUACUAAUGUUUGGGUUGAAUCAUGAUCUCAAUAUCUUGUCAAUUCUUUGAUUUGAUUUCUUUUUUUGGGGUCACACCCUAAUUGGUUUUUUGCAACUAACGCCCCAGUAAAGAUGUUCAUCAUCAUGA